AUGGCGCAGAGUCUGGAGUCCAGGCCGACGGUCGUGGAUUUCCGCGAGGACAGCCAGUGGGUGAAACUGGCCAAGGCGCACUGGUUAGACACCAAGGUGCGCAAAGUCAAACCAGAUGUGAUCAAGAAGCAAUUGUGGGAUCCGCUGGAAGCCGAGGGCUUUACCAGUCGCUCACUCUUGAUCUUGGAGAAUUUGAAUGUUCUGGAGAAGUAUCUUUGGCCGGCAUACACGCAGGAUGCUUCGAAUCACCAUAUUCUCUUAAUCGCUCUGAUUGUCAGCGUCAAGUAUCGCGAGCACUUGCCGAUAUGGGACAUUUUCUCCGACCGCGGCGACGAUUUCUCAAGCUUGUUCCACCGUACCCUCUCGAUGAGUAUUGAUCCUUCAUUGUCGACCCAUUCACGAAUGUCCAUUAUCUCGUUCAUCAUCAGUGCCUUCCAAUCGCUCGAGAACGUCCUGAUUCGCCAGCAAUGCGCCCCGCUCGUCGCUAUCUCUAUCUGGCACAACCUGGUCAGCGAUGAAGCCAGAGAACACAUCAUUGCGAAGUCGCCUACACUGAAAAAGGCUUGGAGAGCUGCCGGCAAGCGCUACGAUGCCGGAGACGAACCUACGAAGGCGAAGCUGCGAUUUGAACGGUCCUGGCUGUAUACGAUGCUGUUGGAUUUCCUGCAGAAGUUAAAUGGCGUGGAGAAGGAUCAAAAGGAGAAUUUGCUCUACUGCGAGCGAUUCAUGGAGCUUCUGGUAGACCUAUUGAGUCAAUUGCCGACCCGUCGUUAUGUCAACACGCUGCUGAAGGACCUCAAUUUGCUCCCCAUCAUUCGGCUUUCGCAAUCAUACCGCACGCCCGACAAUGCGCUCUUCCGCGACCUGUAUAGCCUUCUUAAGCAUUUCAUGGACUUUGCCAUUGAUGACUACUCUGGCGAGGCACUUUCGCCUCAGACAGUCUACGAUUUGCACAACCAGGAACUAGCGCGCCUACAGAGAACCGCCAUGAGAUCUUUCAAGGAAAAGCUUAUGAUUCUUGCCCUGUCAAACCUGGGGUCGAUCGAGCAGCGCUCGGAACUGGAGAGCCAGUUGUCAUCCCUGGAUGAAUCGGAACUUCAAAGCCUAUGCUCCCAGCUAGGAUUCCGCACAAGCUAUCCCAAGAAAUCAAAUAUUAAGCCUGACAGUCAUUUCCUUAUGGAAGUGCUUUUGACCUUCUACGAGCGCAAGCUCUCAUUCCAGGAUGCUGCGGCUAAGUUGAACAUUGUCCCAACAGAAGACAGUCUCUAUGAUCCCGCUUUGGUGAGAAACGAGACCUACGAUGGCUCACGGCCUCUUGCAAUUCCCAAGCUCAACCUCCAGUACUUGAGCAUUGGUGAUUUCCUGUGGCGUUCAUUCCUUCUCUACCGAUCCGAGGCUUUCUUCCAGAUUCGCAAGGACAUGGAGUCGGUUGUCAAGCGCAUGCAGCCUCGCUCAAACCGCGAUGGCAGUCUGACUUUUGAUGGCUUUUCUCGCAUGGCAAUCCCCAUCACCAAGCCUGCCAUCAUCGAAGUGGCCCCAGCAAAAGUUGGCUCUCUCAACCCGGCAUUUGUUCGUGCCGAGAUCGCAAUUGAGGUAGGAAGACUUGCAGACCACAUUCGGAAAGAGUGGGACUCUCUACGCCCUGAUGACGUUGUCUAUCUCUUGGCUGUUCAGUCGCCUGCGCCUGCACAGCUAGGUGUCCGUGGCCAGAAUGCAGAGGGACCACAAAUGACUUACCUUCGUACCGCCGGGAUCGUUCAAAUCCUUGAUGAACAAGGUCGUCCGUUGCGGCAGCAAGCUGGCAGUCAGGCAAAUGGACACCAUGGACGACCACGAGUCCGCAAACUACUUGUUAAUAUGGAUGCGUCUGCAUUCAAGACGGACAAGGACCGUCAAGCACGGGGAAAGCCGGACAUCUACCCUCUGAUCAAUGUGGUCGCUCGCAGGAAGGGGAGAGAGAACAACUUCAAGUCAAUCCUUCAAACAAUACAGAAGCUCAUCGUGUCGGAUAUGACUCUGCCGUCUUGGCUUCAAGACAUCUUCCUUGGAUACGGAGACCCAUCAGGUGCUCAAUAUACCCAAUUGCCCAACCGACUCAAAUCUGUUGACUUCCGGGACACUAUUUUGGACUGGCCUCACUUGGUGGAAAGCUUCCCCGGCAAGACCAUCGAGCCUUCAGGGUCAGAGUCUUCUAGCUUCGGACCACCGUACGUUCUCGAGUCGGUCGAGGAUGCACCUGCCGAGGCUCCUGCUUCCCCUGCGAAGAAGCGCCGCCGAGCCCAAGCGGGAGACGUGGAGCAAGCGUCCAGCACGAUACGUGUUUCAACAUACAAGCCACCUAACCCUGGCCCUUACCCCGUUGAUGCACCCAAGCUUAACACUGUUCGCUUCACUCCAUCACAGGUCGAGGCAAUUGCUUCCGGUACCCAGCCUGGUCUCUCCGUCAUCGUCGGCCCACCUGGUACCGGCAAGACUGACGUUGCGACACAAAUUAUUAACAACCUUUAUCACAAUUUCCCCAACGAGCGCACUUUGCUCAUCGCGCACAGCAAUCAAGCUCUCAAUCAACUCUUCCAGAAGAUCGUUGCCCUUGACAUUGACCCACGUCACCUGUUGCGUCUGGGUCACGGUGAGGAAGAGCUGGAUACCGACUCCAACUACAGCAAGUAUGGUCGGGUUGAGUCCUUCCUUGACAACCGCAACCACUAUCUGUCAGAAGUGAUGCGCUUGGCAGCAUCUAUCGGUGCAGAGGGGGCUCACGGCAACUCUUGUGAGACGGCAGGUUACUUCAAUACGGUGUAUAUGCAGCCGGCGUGGGCAAAGUUCUGGGACCAAGCACACUUUGAGGGAGCCUCCAAUGAUGAUAUCAUCGCAUCGUUCCCCUUCCACGCAUACUUCUCCAAUGCUCCUCAGCCGUUGUUUGAUUCUGGUGCUUCGAAGGAGGCGGUAUUGGACAUCGCUUCAGGCUGUCAGAGACACAUUGACCGGAUCUUCUCUGAGCUUGAAGACAUUCGACCUUUCGAGAUCUUGCGCCAGCCUCGAGACAAGGCCAACUACCUUCUCAUCAAGGAGGCCCGCGUGAUCGCAAUGACCUCUACACACGCAGCCAUGCGUCGACAGGAGAUCGCGGAUUUGGGCUUCCACUACGACAAUGUGGUCAUGGAAGAAGCCGCACAGAUCACCGAAAUUGAGAGCUUCAUUCCCAUGGCUCUUCAGAAUGUGAAGAACGGCGAGCUCCCUCUCAAGCGCGCUGUCCUCUGUGGUGAUCACUUCCAAAACUCCCCUGUCAUCCAGAACCUCGCAUUCCGCCAGUACGCCCAUUUCGACCAGUCUCUUUUCCUCCGCCUGGCACGGCUUGGCGUACCGGUGAUAACCCUCGACAAGCAGGGCCGAUCUCGUCCCAGCAUUGCAGAGCUCUUCCGCUGGCGGUACCAAGAUCUGGGUGAUCUCCCAUCCGUCGAGACAAACGAAGAGUUCAAACUGGCCAACGCCGGCUUUAAGUUCGACUACCAGUUCAUCAAUGUCCCCGACUACCAAGGAACCGGUGAGCGGGAGCCAACGCCCCAUUUCAUUCAGAACCUUGGCGAGGCAGAGUACGCAGUAGCACUGUACCAGUACAUGCGCCUGCUCGGCUACCCAGCGUCCAAGAUCACCAUCCUAGCCACAUAUGCUGGACAGACGGCGCUGAUCCGGGACGUGUUGACCCAUCGCUGCGCGAAAAACACCCUAUUCGGUAUGCCCAAGAUCGUGACCACCGUGGAUAGGUACCAAGGAGAGCAGAAUGAUUACGUAAUCCUCUCCCUAACCCGCACCCGCGCCGUCGGCUACCUGCGCGAUGUCCGCCGUCUCACAGUCGCACUAUCCCGCGCCCGACUCGGUCUGUAUAUCCUCGGCCGCCGCGAAGUCUUUGAAUCCUGCUACGAGCUCAAGCCCGCUUUCGACCGUCUGCUGCAGCGCCCGGAUAAGCUAAUGCUUGCUCCUGGCGAGAUGUUCCCCGCCACUCGAGCGCUGGACGCUGAUGUCGAGGGCACCCCCAUGGAAGGCGUUGAGCAUCUUGGUCAAUAUGUGUUUGAGAUGACUCAGGCCAAGGUUAAGGCUAUGGGUGAUGGUGAAAUGGUUGUUGAUGAUGCGACCCCGGAUGGGGAGGAUGGUCUUUUGGAUGAGGAUGAGGAUAUGCUGGGUGAAGAGGAGGAUGACGAUAUUGUAUGA